AUGUUUGCUGGGCUGAAUCUGGGUCUGGAUCUGGAUCUAAAUCUGGAUCUGAAUCUCGAUCUAUAUCUGGAUGUAGAUCUGGAUGUGGAUCUGAAUCUGAAUCUGAAUGUGGAUCUGAAUCUGGAUCUGGAUUUGAAUCUAAAUCUGGAUCUAAAUCUGCAUCUGGAUCUCGAUCUACAUCUGGAUCUAGAUCUGGAUCUGGAUUUGGAUCUAAAUCUGGAUCUAAAUCUGGAUCUAAAUCUGGAUCUAUAUCUGGAUCUGGAUCUGGAUUUGAAAUUAAAUCUGGAUCUAGAUCUCGAUCUCGAUCUAGAUCUGGAUCUGGAUCUGAAUCUGGAUCUAAAUCUGGAUCUAAAUCUGGAUCUAAAUCUAGAUCUAAAUAUGAAUCUGGAUCUCGAUCAGGAUCUGGAUCUGAAUCUGGGUCUGGAUCUGGAUCUGGAUCUCGAUCUAUAUCUGGAUGUAGAUCUGGAUCUGAAACUGAAUCUGAAUGUGGAUCUGAAUCUGGAUCUGGAUUUGAAUCUAAAUCUGGAUCUAAAUCUGCAUCUGGAUUUCGAUCUACAUCUGGAUCUAGAUCUGGAUCUGGAUUUGGAUCUGGAUUUGGAUCUAAAUCUGGAUCUAAAUCUGGAUCUACAUCUGGAUCUGGAUCUGGAUCUGGAUUUGAAAUUAAAUCUGGAUCUAGAUCUCGAUCUUGAUCUAGAUCUGGAUCUGGAUCUGGAUCUGAAUCUGGAUCUAGAUCUCAAUCUGGAUCUAAAUCUGGAUCUAAAUCUGGAUCUAAAUCUGGAUCUAAAUCUGGAUCAAAAUCUGGAUCUAAAUCUAGAUCUAAAUAUGAAUCGGGAUCUCGAUCAGGAUCUGGAUCUGAAUCUGGGUCUGGAUCUGGAUCUGGAUCUCGAUCUAUAUCAAGAUCUAGAUCUGGAUCUCAAUCUGGAUUUGGAUUUGGAUCUUAAUCUGGACCUUAACCUGUAUCUGGAUCUCGAUCUGGAUCUAAAUCUGGAUCUGGAUUUCGAUCUAGAUCUGGAUCCGGAUCUGAAUUUGGCUCUGGAUUCAAAAUCUGGAACUGGAUCUGAAUCUGAAUCUGGAUGUGGAUCUGGAUUUGGAUCUGAAUAUGGAUAUGGAUAG